GUAAAGGUCGGCCCCCGCAAGAUGGCGGCCCCCUUGGAGCUCAGUUGCUGGGGAGGCGGCUGGGGGCUCCCAUCGGUUCACAGCGAGUCCCUGGUGGUGAUGGCUUAUGCCAAAUUUUCUGGUGCACCCUUGAAAGUCAAUGUGAUAGAUAACACCUGGAGAGGUUCAAGAGGUGAUGUACCAAUUUUGACAACUGAAGACGACAUGGUUUCUCAGCCAGCAAAAAUACUAAACUUUUUAAGAAAACAGAAAUAUAAUGCUGAUUAUGAACUCUCAGCAAAACAAGGGGCAGAUACAUUGGCUUAUAUUGCUCUCCUCGAAGAGAAGCUUCUCCCUGCAGUGCUUCACACAUUCUGGGUUGAGAGUGACAAUUACUUUACUGUGACAAAGCCAUGGUUUGCUUCACAAAUUCCUUUUCCUUUGAGUUUGAUCCUGCCUGGAAGAAUGUCUAAGGGAGCACUGAACAGGAUUCUCCUGACCAGAGGACAGCCUCCCCUCUACCACCUCCGAGAAGUGGAAGCACAGAUAUACAGAGAUGCCAAGGAGUGCCUAAAUCUUCUAUCAAACAGAUUGGGAACAUCUCAGUUUUUCUUUGGAGAUACGCCUUCUACCUUGGAUGCCUAUGUUUUUGGUUUUCUUGCACCUCUUUACAAAGUACGGUUUCCUAAAGUUCAGCUACAAGAACAUCUGAAACAGCUCUCCAACCUCUGUCGCUUUUGCGAUGACAUCCUGAGCAGUUAUUUUAGGCUUAGUCUUGGAGGCAUCUCUCCAGCUGGACAAGAAACGGUAGAUGCAAAUCUGCAGAAACUCACACAACUUGUAAAUAAGGAAUCCAACUUGAUUGAAAAGAUGGAUGACAAUCUUCGCCAAAGCCCUCAGCUUCCUCCUCGGAAACUGCCAACACUUAAAUUGACUCCAGCAGAAGAAGAAAAUAAUUCCUUCCAACGGCUUUCACCCUGACGAUAGUCAUGGUUUGUGGCCAAAGUCAAAUGAUUGUUGCAGUAAUCUCUUACACCAAGUGUGUGAAGGCAAAAAGAAGAUACCAUAAUAGGUAUUAAGGAAGACUCUAAACCAAAAGGAACUUUCUAUGCCAUCUGUUUUUACUAUUAUUAUUAGGAAGCUUGUAUUCUAGCUUGGCACUGCAUUUUUAAUAACAUCAAAGAGAAUGCUAAAUGAACUUGGGGGGGGAAGAAAAACACAUCGUACUGUAUACAAAGAACUGCCUUAAUCAUGGCAGAUUUUUGCCUUUGGUUCACAUGUUGCUGACCAAAAGCUACAAUUCUGUUCUGAAUGUGCACUCCUAAUUUAUUUGAGUUAAUUUAUUCAAUUUAUUAACUUAGUUUUCUUAGACCAGGCUGAAUACCUAAUAUGUGGCUUUUUGGCUGAGGCUUUUUACUUCUGUUUAGAAAUUUGAUGCCUAUUUUAGGAACCAGAAAAAGAUAAAUUGCUUCAGUAGAAGAGACCAUAUUUAACUUUAAAAAGUGAUGAGGAAUGUGCUUUUUAAUUAUGCUCUCAUAAGUCUAAUCUUUUGGGGGUUUAGUAGCACAUAGAUAAAUAUUAAAGGUGGUUACGUAUAAUAACAUCUGAUAAUACUCAUUUCAGUAUAACAUUGGUCUUUGCUGAUGUGUUCGAUAUAGGUUAGGAAGGGGUCCUUUAGUUUACUUGGGCGAAUGUGGCAGUUUUAGACCUAUGUCUUUGUAGUACAUCUUUAGUUGUCUUUCUUGUAUUAAUUCCAGAAGAAGUGAAUGUACUGGUUAUCGUUACUAUGCUAGGCUGUAAAAUCUUACUGAAAUUGCCCACUUGUUAGACACUACUCAGGAGGAGCCCAUGGCCAGGGUAGUAGAAAAACUGUGCAUCUGGUCCAAGUUUUCUGUGCUUGGCUCAGGCUAAUAUUCUUUCAUAAGAUGCAUAUCAUGUAGUCAAAAGCUUUCUGACAACCAAUUAUUUUUCAUACAUUUCACUUACAUUCGAAGAAUACAAAGGAGCAAUCAGAAAUAGCAGCUUUUAACGAAUAUUUUCUAUUUAUUGGUUGCUGAACUGUUAAGGGAUUUGCUGUGUGGUAAUUUUACUUAUAAUAGAAACUUGCUUAUUUUAGUGGUUGAGGUGCUUUGGUUGUCCUAAAACCACUUCUGAGGUUUUUAAAAUGUAGAACCAUGUUUUUGAUUAGCGUCUUAAAAGAUUACUGUGGUGCUCAGCAAAUCUUACCAAGUCGUGCAGGAACCCAUAUGUUAAGAAAACGAGCUUUGUAGUCAAAAGACUCAUCUAAUUUGAGCUGAGUGGAGCUCAGCUGUGUUUGACCCACAUCCUCCCAAUUUGUUCUGUAUUUAGGUAGUUAUUUAUACAGGAGUCUUUAAGUCAUUGUAAAUAUUUUUUCUUGAAAGUUUUAACUAAGUGAGAAGUAAGGUAGUCUUCAAAAUCUUGGUCAUCUGUUUGGAUUAGGGAAAGUACCUCAUGAGUUGCACAUUACUUCUACAACAGGGUGUGUGUGUGUGUUUGUGUGUGUCAGUCAUCUUCAAAGGCAGAUGAUUAGAUUCCAGCAAUCUGAAAUCUAUUAUUCCAGCAGUCUGAAACCUAAAUAUUUUAUAUUGGAAAUCAUGACUGUGAGACUUUAUCGUCCUCUAGGAUGGAUGUAUAUUGGAGAAGGGUGGUUAGCACAUUCAUCAGACAUCUGCUUAUGCUUUGGUCAAGGCCAGUCAUUUUUAAUUAUGAUUUUUUUUUUUUUUUUUUUUUUUGAGACGGAGCCUCACUCUGUCGCCCAGGCUGGAGUGCAGUGGCGCAAUCUCGGCUCACUGCAAGCUCUGCCUCCCGGGUUCACGCCAUUCUCCUGCCUCAGCCUCUCCGAGUAGCUGGGACUACAGGCGCCCGCCACCAUGCCUGGCUAAUUUUUUUGUGUUUUUAGUAGAGACGGGGUUUCACCGUGGUCUCGAUCUCCUGACCUUGUGAUCCGCCCGCCUCGGCCUCCCAAAGUGCUGGGAUUACAAGCGUGAGCCACCGUGCCCGGCUUAAUUAUGAUUUAUAUCAGACCCUCCAAAAAGUAUUUGAAAUAUAUUACAGUUAUAACGUACAAGUACAUUACAUGUAUAUUACAUGUAAAACAGGACAAUUUAAAAAUUUUAAAUUUUAAAGAAUUAAAAAAAUUUAAAAAUUUAAAUUAAAAAAAUUAAAAAUUUGUAGAACCAUAUCAACACUGACAGAUUCUAAAAUUAAGUAGUAAACUUAACUCCAAGUUUCUCCAUGGGCAAAGUCAAAAGAUAAUGCUAGGUUAUGUCAAUUUUUCUUUCAAUAAAACUGCUCAUGUCUAUUAGGAAGAAAAAUGUGUUUAAAGUUUUACAGGAACGUGGAGCUCAUGUCCUUCUGAUAUUAGACUUUGAUAAAGAAGCAUACUGUAAUGUUUUAUGAACUGAAAUUUUAAUCAAAAGAGGUCAUUUUAGAAUAACAAGUAUUUGUCUUUUUUAGUAGAAGGAAUGACUGUCAAUGUGAUUUAUUCGUUUUUGUGUCAUCCGUACUUCGAACUGCCAUUAGCCUUACAUUCUCACUAUAGUCCGUAAUGCUUCCAGAUCACCUUUCCUAAGAUGCAACAUGUGAUUUUAGUGAGAGUUUAUAUGUUGGGUUACUUAGUUGAGCUGUUUAUGUAUAUGCAAAUAAGAUGACAGGAAGCUGUAACUGAGCACAAAGUACUUUAGGGAUCAGACACACAUAUAGGAAGCUCUUAGAAAUGAACUUUUUUUUUUUUUUUUUUUUUUUGAGACAGAGUUCACUCUUGUUGCCUGGGCUGGAGUGCAGUGGCGCAGUCUCGGCUCACUGCAACCUCCGCCUCCUGGGUUCAAGCAAGUCUCCUGUCUCAGCCUCCCAAGUAGCUGGGAUUACAGGCAUGUGCCCCCACGCCCAGCUAAUUUUGUAUUUUUUUUAGUAGAGACGGGGUUUCACCAUGUUGGUCAGGCUGGUCUUGAACUCCUGACCUCAAGUGAUUCACCUGCCUUGGCCUCCCAAAGUGCUGGGAUUACAGGCGUGAGCCACUGCACCCGGCCAAAAAGAACAUUUUGUCAAUCUGAACAGAGCACAGAACACUUUUUCAGACUGAACAGACUGCUGGACCAGCCUGUCAUGAUAUGUUUUGGAUAAAGUUUGAGUUCAUUGGGAUAAAUGGCCCACAAUCUUAAACAGAAUACUGUGAGUCAAUGCCUUUUGGAAGUGAUGGUGGAGGAUAAUAUGAUUAAAGGGAACAUGCUUGUUUUUAUUUUUGUUGGUAGUAUAUGAUUAGAAAAACUAGAUAAUUCCCAUAAGAUGAAGAUCUUCCGUGAACAAACUACCAUCAAUCAUCCAUCAGAUUGAUUUUUUUUUUUUUUUUAAGUAACACUAAAGAAGCUGUAAAGAACAUUGAAGGUGGUCAUUCCUUCAAAACUGUGUUUUGACCACACAAAAGAUGGGCGUUAACAAACCAAAUUUCAACUUAAGUCUGUUUGUAUUAUAUUGGGGGUGCUGCAAGACUGGAGAUUUUAUAAAAGCAAGCAUUUUUAUUUCCAUUUAUAAUUUCUAUUCAAUGUUGCUAGAUACAUUAACAUGAAGGAAUGGGGAAACUUAUUUCAGUCAAAGCUAAAAUUUUCAGAAGUCUGUAAAAAUAGAAAAACACCAUUGAAAGAGGCAGAAAUAGGUAAUGGGGAUAGUAUCUUAGAAAACCUGUUGGUUAAGGCAGCUGCAUGUGAUAAAAGUGGUAUUUGAACUUGGUAGUGUUUCCUUAGAACCUCUUCCAAAAAUAUGCAUUUACCAGGCUUGUUACAUUUUUUUGGACAGUUUUUCAUCAACUAUCAAAAACUUUAACCCUUUUAAAACCUAGAUGUAAAUGCUUACAUGUAAAGACAGGAAGCUAAGCAAUGGGUACCUGGGAUCUCUGAACUAUUUUUGUAAUUUCUUAUGAGUCUAAGUAUUUCAAAAUAAAAGUGGUUUUAAAGUAAAUUCAUAGAUUAAAUAUAUCAUUAUCUAUAUAAACUAUGAUUUAAAACUUUAAUUUUCCAAACAUAGUAUUCAACUUAGUUGAAUAAAUAUAUGAUAGAAGUUAAAUACAAUUUUUAUUUCAUUCUUAAGAAAAACUCGUUUGUAACAAAUGAUAUCUAAAGAUCUAUUUUGCCUUACCAGAAAAGAAAAAAAAACCCUAAAACCAAAAACUCCUUUUCCCUAGGAUGUCAAAAAUGCUGUGAUUUAAAAUAUCUAAUUAUAUUUUUUUCUUUCUAUGGUAGCGGGGUUUACUUUUGAGGAUAAAAUAUUUUGAAAAAGUUCUGUCCCUUGAUGUGGUACUUCUCCCGUGCCUUGUACUUGUUCUCUCUCCAUAUGCACAGGGUGACAAGAUGCUCACCUUUAAUGAAGAAGGUGUAGCUUUUUGUUUUAAGGUGUAAUUGUCUUUGUCUUGAUUUGGCUAUUUUUAUAACUGAAAUCCUGAGCAACAGAGAUAAUUUGGGUGGUAAUGAUCGUCUUUUGUAUAUGUUCUUGAUGUUAAGAAAUAUUUUUUGCUGCCAUUCAGCUUUGUGGAAUUUAUGUUUACUUUUCAAUAUUUUCAUAUUUCUUAACCAGAUUUUAAAGAAACUUGUUGUUAGUUAUGUGAAAUCAAAGGUCAGGUCAGUAAUCCCAUUAUCCUCAAACUUGAAGUUUCAUUGGAUGUUCAAAAUGCUAAUUUUCGCAGAGAUAUAAGGAUAAAUUAGUUUUAGUUUGUGUUUUUAAGGGUUUGCAAAAUAAUUUGGCUCCCAAACUCUUGUUGGGGUAUAGUGUUUGCUAGGAGCCCAGGUUACCUGCCCUGGACUUAAAUUGUGAUUGAAGUGGAGAGGUACUCUAGGAGUUUAAAAAGACACAAAAUUAUUUUUUUUUGCCAUGGAUUUCUGAUAAGAAUUAACAUUCUUGAACAAAGGUAUCAGAAAGGGUAACUCGAGUUGAAGGUUUGUGAAUAGAAAGGGAAAUGUGAUAGAUUAUUCAGAACAAAAUAAAUAGACAAAAUAACAAAAGACAGGAAAAUAAGUCUCUUUGUGUCCCUAUUAAUCAUUUGAAAUUAUGCUAUAAUAUUUUUUAAAACUCACCUUUUUGGUUCUGGGUGAAGCAGUUCCUAAAGGAGUGUUUUGUCAGAAAAUAUUGUUAGGUGAAUAGAGGGUUCUGUGGCCAAGUAAGUUUGGGAAAUAGUGGGUUAGACAAAGUUGAGUUACUGUUGGCCUUUCAGACCUUUGAUACGCUAAUGUGCAUUUUAAAUCUCCAAGAAGCACCUCUAUUUUAUACAUCAUUUCCCUAAUUUAUUUUAAUACGGAUUUUUUGUUUUUGUUUUCUUGAGACGGAGUCUUGGUCUUGUCACCCAGGCUGGAGUGUGGUGGCGCUAUCUCGGCUCACUACAACCUCCACCUCCCAGGUUCAAGCAAUUCUCCUGCCUCAGCCUCCCAAAUAACUGGGAUUACAGGCGCCUGCCACCACGCUCAGCUAAUUUUUGUAUUUUUAGUAGAGAUGGGGUUUCACCAUGUUGACCAGGCUGAUUUUGAACUCCUGACCUCAGGUGAUUCUGCCUGCCUCACCCUCCCAAAGUGCUGGAAUUACAGGUAUGAGCCACUGCCCCCGGCCGGACUUUUUUUAAAAUAGGUAUCUUGUGGGAUUUGUGUUCUGAGAGAUACACCUAAGGAAAUGCUGCCCUACAGUGUUUUGCUAGUUUAUACUCAUUACAAAGGUUUCUUAUUGUUGGGUGCCCCCCUAGCCAGUGGUAGUAAAAUUGGAAGAGACAGGUCAAGACUCCCUUGGACCAUGGCAUCGAGAGAGGGAUGGCUGUCGGCAUAGAUAUGUUGGUUAUUUAGGCAUUUGUGAGGGAGGCCCCUGGCUAUUCCAGCCCAUUUCCUUAGAAUCCCAGAUGGCCGGGAACAGCUGUACAAGGGUCUGAACUGGUGGUUUCAGAGGACUACCCAGUUCCUAAGCAUCCAUGAGGCAGAGGGAACCAACUUGUAUUUCCAGAACAAUUUUCCAAACCUUUUCUGGCUGUGCUUUAAAAGUGCCAAAAAGGCAAUGGGUGUUUAUGACACCAAAGUCACAUACAAGCUAGUAUGAUACAUACAUCAUAGAAAGCUUAUAGUUGCUUCAGUGACAAAGCAAAGGAAGUGUAAUAUUUUCAAGUUUUGUUCAUUAUUGAAGACAGUCUAAGGUUCAUAGUUUUCACUAAAUUCUAAGCAGAUUCUAUAUCCUAAACAUUUAAACAUUUAAACCUAAGCCUUAUUUAAACCUCAUUCGGCCUGCAGAUAUGUUUGAUAUCACUUCAGAGUCGAAAACCAGAUUACUAAUCAUGCGUAAGGAAGCAUUUUGUGUGUCUUUGCAAUGUAUACAAUUGCAUUAUUUGGAACACCAUUUUGAAUGUGUAUUUGAGAGCUCACCUGUGGGUUUUGAGUUGUGGUGUAAUGGUGAACAUGUAGCCACAUGAAAGGCUGUUGGAUCUUUGUUCUGAUUCUUCAGUCGUCUUCUUGCAAAUUCAGAGAAAUGUCUUUUAAUCAUUUCGUUUACAUAUCCCAGAUCCUUGGAAAUCAUGAAAAAUAACUUGCCAGAGUUUGCAUCAGCCCUCAAUAAGUCAUGAACCAUAGAGAAGGUCAUGGGGCCAUUUAUUCUUUGGACCGUUGGCUACUUCUGAAGUGCUGGCUUCCUUCUCUCUAGGAGGAGUCGUGUACUCAAGCUUUUAAGUUAAAUGCAUAAAAAUGAGUUUUACUUCUCUUCUGACUUGAUUUUUAAUUUUAUGAAAUGGGAAAUAAUGUUUUUCCAUUUUUCUGUUCAUUUUGAAGUGGGAAUUCAAGGUGUUUAUAAUGUCACGUCACUGUUCUGAAACAUUGACAGUAAAGACAAGAAAUAUAUGUAUGUAGUAUGUAUAUUAGUUUUGUCCCACCAAGCCUAUCUUUGAAUGGCAAACAUUUUAAAAACAUCUGUUCUAGUUGCACAACUACUCUAGCUUCAUUAUAAAGUAAACAAUCUUAAAGUAAGCAAUGUUGGCCAUAAUUUCAAUAUUCUAGCCUUGCCGAGUGUGAAUAUAUUUUACUCAGAGACUAUGUAUAAAUACACUAAAAAGUGGUGAUGGUGAUCAAUAUUGUAAAGAAUUUAUUCUGAUAAAUGAGAAACUGGAUAUAAUGUCAAAAUAGCUAUUUUCUCAAUAAAAAUCUCAAAUCUC